GGGCCGCAAACAACUAAAAAAUAUUCAAAAUUCAGAAAUAUAUCCGUCAAAAACAGAAGACAUUUAUCGAUAUUAAAACAUUUCAUUCCACAGCCCUGGUCCCGUCCCUGACAAACGUACUGAAGCAAACAAAUAAUUUUGCACAAGUAAAGGAAAAAGAAAACCAUGCAUACAGUUUACGCACUGCUUAAGAACAAAUUGAGCGAUGUGCAUCCUUUGCACAACAUCGAUUUGGACCAGAACGUGGCCUACCUGAAGACAAUCAUCACAAAGGAGCUGCAGCUGCAGUUUGAUGCCAGCGAAUUGGAGAUCUGCCAUCAUGGCCAAGUGCUCGACGAUGUGGAGACGCUGAACAAGGCCAUCAAACCGAAUGCCGUAAUCCACUGCUUCCGAAAAACCAAGCGUUACACGCCGUAUGUGCCGCCAGCGUCGUCCGAGAUAAACACGAAGCACAUACAGGAGCUCUUCUCCUUGACCUCGCACCUGCAGGUCAGUGUCAGCUGUAGGUUCAACAUUCUCCAAACGAUCCUGGCCGAGUAUCCGGAAUUUCGUCGCAACCUGGGUGCACAGGCCCUGAUUCGCGACUCUGUGCUGUUCAAUAUGCUGCACGAGCCGGAGGUGGUGCAGAAUCUGGUGCGCGACUAUCCACUGAUCUGCGACGCGGCCCCCUUCAUUGUGGAAACCAUACGCAAGGAGCUGGCCCGCAACAGCUCUGCCACCCAGUUUCAAGAGCAGGCAGCCUCGGAGUCUACCACCUCGUCGGAGGAGGAGAACUCCCUUGGAGCCGGAAGCAGCAGCAGCGGCAGCAGUGGAACGGUAGCCGCCGCCGCCAAUCGUCGCGAUGAGCUGGCCAAUAUCCGACAGAUCAGCCGCCAGCAGCUGGCCAAUGCUCUAGCCAAUGUAACCUCAUUCAAUUCGCUGUCAAACAUUGCCCAGCGGAACGCGGAUGAAGCCCAGCAGGGGGAUGAGAGGCCACGCACCACCUCGGCCCCCAUUGCCGGGAGCAGUAAUAGCAGUGCUCCAGCAGGAGCUAGUGGCAGCAGCUCAAUAUCCUCGGAGCUGUUUCGCAAUGAGCUGGCCAGGGCUUUUCAGUCUUUGGCUCAGCAGCCAGCCGAGAGCAUGGAAGUAGAACCCUCAGCAGGCGCCGAGGCAUCAGCCGACGAUGUGGACGACGACGACGAUGUGGCUGGUGGAGACGACAGCGAUGUCCUGCCACGGUGCUAUCGCCGACACCGCUUCACCGAGCAGCUACGCACCAUGGCCGCCAUGGGCUUCAUCAAUCACACACAGAACGUCAACUAUCUGACCAUGGCCGAUGGCAACGUGGAGCAUGCCAUCAAUCUGCUGAUGCUCGGUAUGAAUUGAGUCUAAGAAACAACUUCUGUGUAUGGUAUACCUUAUGGACUUAUAUAUAUUUAUUCUGGUAUUUCUGCUGCUGCUUCGAUUAUGUCAAAGAAAUACAUUUAGGCGUUUAGCAUUA